AUGCUGUGUCCGCGGCUGCAGUUUCCGCUCGCGUUACUUCCGAGUGAGAGAACAGUUUCUCCUCCGCGGACACAUGAGCAGCGUCAGAAGUUUGUAGCAGACGAGGAUGAGGAAGAGGAGCAGGCAGAAGAGGAGCGGAGCAGUGAGGCGGCUGCAGAGACCCCCGGUCGGACCCCCUCUGCUCUGUGCCGUCUCUGUCAUGGUAAGUUCUCGUCCCGGAGCCUGCGUGACGCCUUCAGCAGCUCGUGCCGAGACUCGGUGGACUCUGAGGAGCAGCGGUCGGUGCUGUUUCACUCAGACUUCCAGCGUCUGGUGGGAGUGAAGCUGAACCAGGACCCUCAUCUGUCCAAGUUCAUCUGUAAGAGCUGCCACUCCAAGUUCUACAAGUGCCACAGCAUCCUGCUCCGCUUCCUCCAGAGGGUCAACCUGCCGCCGCUGGGGGCGGAGCCACGACGGAAGAAAACUAAAACUGCAGAACCUCCUGAACCUCGAGAAAUGCCCUGGUGCUUCACCUCGGACCAUCAGUGCCUCCACAGCCUGGUGUCGUGGGCGCACCAUCACGCGGGCGCCUGCAGUUCCUGUCCCGCCCUGAUGGAGGUGCUGGAGAGCCAGUGCAGGGGCUCGGUCAGGGCUCUGUGGGGCUGUGGGGACGGACACAGUUAUGAGAUGGACACCUUCUUCUCCUGUCCUGAACCAGAGGGGGACACACCAUACACAGAGGACCAGGUGGACAGCUCCAACCACUGCACCAGCAACACUGAAGCGACCGCAGAUCUGUCGGAGCCAGAGGAGGCCCCGCUCUUCUCUCUGCCUCAGUCUGAAGAAGGUGAUGAAGAGGAGCUGUGUGAGCGAAAUGUGACCGGAGACGAGGCCGAGGAGAACGCUCUGGCUCCAGACGAUGAGCUGUUUAAGCCUUAUCCCAACAAGAGAGUCUCGAGGAAGAAGAAGCAGAGCCAGAGUUCUCCUGAGGAUCCUCCGGUCCGGAACAAACCUGGACCUAAACCCGGCUGGAAAAACAAGAUAAAGAUCAAAGGGGAGGAGCUGCCCAGUAUGUUCAAGUGUCCGUAUAUGGGAUGUACCGCGGUCUACAGAGGAACGGACGGACUCAAGAAACACAUCCGUGAGCACCAUGAGGAGGUGAAGGAGCGUCCCUGUCCUCAUCCCGGCUGCAACAAGGUCUUCAUGAUCGACCGCUAUCUGCAACGACACAUCAAACUCAUACACACAGAGGAAAGAAACUACAUUUGUGACGAGUGCGGCCAGACCUUCAAACAGAGGAAGCAUCUGUCGGUGCAUCAGAUGAGGCACUCGGGAGCAAAGCCGCUGCAGUGUGAGGUGUGUGGGUUCCAGUGUCGCCAGCGCGCCUCUCUGAAAUACCACAUGACCAAACACAAGGCGGAGGCCGAGCUGGAGUUCGCGUGUGUCAUCUGCGAGAAACGCUUCGAGAAAGCUCACAACCUGAACGUCCACAUGUCCAUGGUCCAUCCCCUCACUCAGCCAGACACCAGGAAGCAGCACCCCUCCCCCUACGCAGACCUGCACACCAUCAUCCCGAGCGGAGAGACCGUCCCACACCGGCAGGACAGAUGA